AUGAAUCAUAUAGCACUUUCGAGCGAUCAAGUAAAUUAUCUUAUCUAUCGUUAUCUAAGAGAAUCGAGUUUUGAUCAUUCUGCCUGGGUUUUCAAUGAAGAAAGUAAAGCAAAUCAACGGGGUUUCAAGGAGACUGACAUAAAAACUGGUGAAUUAGUCAGGAUCAUUCAAGAAGGGCUGCAACUCAGAGAUUUGGCUCUACACACGAGCCCAGAAGGACGAACCGUAGAUUGUCAAGUUCCCGUGCAGCUGAUAGGUACUCAUCAAUGUGAAGCACCAUCAACCCCUACUCACUCAACGGAAGAAAAUAUGUUAAUACAAGACAACGAUAAUGAAAGACUUGAUCCAAGAAGUUCUUCUGAAGAAGAAUCGGCCAGGACGAAUGACCCAGAGGUUAAGCUGGAAGUCACAGAUCAAGAGAUAAAUCUCUUGGAAAAGGAACGUAAAAGAGAUGCUCAAAAUAUUGAUCCACGUCAAAGUGAACAAAAUAGUGACUUAAACAAUUUAUUAAAGAGUAACCAGAAUGAUAAUAAUGACGACAUGGACAUUGAUCUUCCCGCCAAUUCUCCUUCACCACUCAAUAAAAACGUUACUUCACCCUCAUACGGCCUGCCAAUUGGUUCGUCGCUUCCUACAAGAAAAUCGUUGAACGAUCGAACUUCACCGAUGACGAAUUCAACCGUUCACAAACAAGGAUCCCCCAAUCAUUUAUUAUUAAAGGUUCCCGGUGAAGAAUUGGUUUCUUUUUCAUGGAAACCAAAUGAGGACGUGUUAGCGACCGGUGGGCAAGAUGGGAUCUUACGUAUAUGGAAUAUACCCGAGCCCAGUGGAAAACUUCAAGAACCACGAAAAAUUGAAUACCCUCCUUGGCUUAAUGAAAUUGAUACUACGCAAACUGCGUUCAUAACUUGGUUAGAUUGGCAUCCUACCCAAGAUGAUUUAAUUGCUUGUUCAUACUUUAACGGAUUGUCGACCGUUUACAAAAUAAAUAGCGGUCUUUUACAUCGAAAACUUGAAGAGCAUCGUGAAAGUACUUUAAAAAUAAAAUGGAGUCCGAGAGGAUACAGAGCUUUAACUGCUAGCGUCGACAAGAAUGUAAUUUGUUGGAACAGGGAUGGUCAGGCUAUGCGCUUCGCUGAAAUGCACAAGGACACCGUUACCGAUGUCGCUUGGAAAGACGAUAAGAUCUUCGCUUCUUGUUCCAAAGAUAAGAAGAUAUUUCUAUGGGAUUAUAAGAUGAGAGACAAGCCAAUCAUGGAAUUUUCCGGUCACGACGAUGAAGUCUUUUCCAUCAAAUGGGAUCCCACAAAGAACUAUUUGGCCUCCUGUUCAAAGGAUGGAAAGUGCAAAAUUUGGUCAGAGAAGAAUCAAAGUCCCUUGCGAACACUAUACGCCAAAGAUGGUCCCAUUACUUGCGCAGAGUGGCAUCCAAAAUCGAAUGACAACGAAAAUUUGCUGCUUACCACCUCACAGAAUAGCGGAGUGGUAAGAAUCUGGAGUGCACUGGAGGGAAUUUGCUUACGUGACUUCUCUCCGUGCAAGUCACACAUCAAUGCGAUUGAAUUUUGCUCGAACGGACUGUACUUUGCAACCGGAUCGGCGGACAACCUUUUGCACAUAAUUGAUGCCAAAACAUAUAAGAUACGCGAAAGUCACGUUUUGGGAAAUGACAUAAUGAGUAUAAAAUGGAAUUACAAUUGCACGAAGAUCGCGGCGACACUACACAAUGGUACCAUUUACAUCAUCAAAGCGUUUUCAACCGAUUGA